UAUACGACCAAGCGUUGAGUUCACAGUACUUAUUCGAGUGAUCCUAGUUCAAGAAUUAUAAUCAAUUGUUAGAAUUUUGUGCAUAUCUUAUAUUAAAUUUGCUGUUCUUUAUUAAUCGUGAGUUUUUGUACGUUUUUUUGAAGUUUAUGGUCAGAAUUCCUUUGACAAUGUUGAAACUCAAGUAUUUUGUACUUGUAGUUUUAUGCUUGUCGUUUGCACCGAUUCAUGAGCGUUUUGUAGCUGGUGAUGCAGGUCAAGUUGAUAUUGAAAUCCCUACAGUUGAUGAUAAUGUCGGUGUUAGUAAAGAAGGAGCUACUACAGAUACAAAUGCUGCUCAAAACGAAGAGGAAAGGAUAAAGUUAGAUGGAUUAAAUGCUGCUCAAUUACGAGAACUGAAUGAACAUGCUGAAAAAUUCACAUUCCAAGCUGAAGUUAAUCGGAUGAUGAAACUCAUCAUCAAUUCACUAUAUAGAAAUAAAGAUAUUUUCUUACGAGAACUCAUAUCAAAUGCUUCUGAUGCUUUGGAUAAGAUAAGAUUAUUAUCAUUGACAGAUCCUAGUCUCUUAGACUCAACAAAUGAAAUGUCUAUUAGAAUUAAGGUGAACAAAGAAUCACGUAUGUUGCAUAUUACAGACACUGGUAUUGGUAUGACACGUGAAGAUUUAGUGAAAAAUUUGGGUACCAUCGCUAAGUCCGGUACUGCAGAAUUCUUAAGUAAUCUUAACACUGCUGAAGGUCAAGACAAAAACUUAAAUGAUAUGAUUGGACAGUUUGGUGUUGGAUUUUAUUCUGCUUUCCUUGUUGCUGAAAAAGUUUUAGUGACUACUAAGCAUAAUGAUGAUAAGCAAUACAUUUGGGAAUCGGAUGCUAAUAGUUUUUCAAUUGUUGAAGAUCCUAGAGGACCAACACUCAAAAGAGGAACUCAAGUUAGUUUGCAAUUGAAACAAGAAGCCUUGGAUAAUUUAGAAUUAGACACAUUAAAACACUUGGUAAGAAGAUAUUCUCAAUUCAUCAAUUUUCCUAUUUAUUUGUGGUCAAGCAAAACUGAGACUACUGAAGAACCAAUUGAAGAAGAUGAAGAAAAAGAAACACCUGAAAAAGAAUCUAAAUCAGAAGAAGAUACUACUGAUGAUGAUGGUGAUACUGCUGUUGAAGAAGAUAAAGAAGAAGAGUCAAAACCAAAAACUAAAAAAGUUGAAAAAACUGUUUGGGAUUGGGAAAUACUUAAUGACCAUAAGCCAUUAUGGACACGUAAACCAAAUGAUGUCGAAGAAAAAGAGUAUCAAGAAUUUUACAAAGCAUUAUCAAAAGAUCAUAAUAAUCCAUUGGCUUAUACUCAUUUUGAUGCUGAAGGAGAAGUGUCUUUCAAGUCUUUGUUGUAUGUUCCUACUUCUCAAUUACCAGAUGCAUUCAACAGAUAUGGCACAUCUACUGAUAAUAUUAAACUUUACGUCAGAAGAGUAUUCAUUACAGAUGAAUUUAGUGAUUUUUUACCUAAGUAUCUUAAUUUUAUUAAAGGUAUUGUAGAUUCAGAUGAUUUACCUUUAAAUGUUUCCCGUGAAGUUCUCCAACAGCAUAAAUUACUUAAAAUUAUCAGAAAGAAAUUGGUACGAAAAGCUUUGGAUAUGCUUAAAAAAUUAGAUGAAGAAACUUAUAAAAAGUUUUGGGCUGAAUAUUCUACUAAUAUUAAGUUGGGUAUAAUUGAAGAUCCAUCUAAUAGAGCCCGUCUUGCAAAAUUAGUACGUUUCCAAUCAUCUUUAGAAGAGACUCCUACUUCAUUAGCUGAAUAUGUGAAACGUAUGAAAGAAAAACAAGAUCACAUUUAUUAUAUUGCUGGCUCUAGUAGAGCUGAACUUGAAAAAUCUCCCUUUGUUGAGGGUAUAAUUCGCAAGGGUUAUGAGGUAUUAUAUCUUGUUGACGCCGUAGAUGAGUACACAUUUAACGCUAUACCAGAAUUUGAAGGUAAAAAAUUCCAAAAUGUAGCUAAAGAAGGUGUUUCUCUAUCAGAAGACAAAGCUAAGGCUGAAGAAAUUAAUAAACAGUUUGAACCACUUAUUAAAUGGCUUGGUGAUAUUGCUUUAAAAGAACAGAUUUCAAAAGCAGUUGUAUCAGAUCGGUUGGCAGAUUCGCCAUGUGCACUGGUCGCAGGAAUGUUUGGUUGGACUGGAAAUAUGGAAAGAUUAGCUUUAUCCAAUGCUCAUCAAAAAUCUGAUGAUCCUCAAAGAGAGUUCUAUUUAAAACAAAAGAAAUCCCUAGAAAUUAAUCCCCGCCAUCCUCUUAUUAAAGAUUUAUUGAGAAGAGUUCAAGAUGAUGCUGAAGACCAAAAAGCUAAAGAAAUUGCUCUCUUAUUAUUUAGAACAGCUACCUUGAGAUCAGGAUUUAUGCUUCAAGAUUCAGCAGAUUUCGCUGAGAGUGUUGAAACGCUUAUGAAACAAUCAUUGGGCAUUCCUCUUGAUGAAAAAGUUAGUUAUGAAGAUGAAGAACCAAUGUCAGAUCAACAAACUGAAGAAGAAGAAGAAGAAGAAGAAGAAGAGGGAGAAGAGAAAGAAGAAACCCCAGAGCAUGAAGAAUUGUAAGAAGGAUAUUAAAUAUAUUAUAUAAUAAAUGGUAGACUGUAUCAGUUUAUCAUAUUUAUAAGUCUGAAUAUUUAAUUAUCAGCAUGUUAUUUAUUAUUUCCAAGAAACUACUAACUUAUUGUUUGUAUUUUAUAUGGUUUCGUGCUAUUGAAAAAGCUUAUUUUUUAUAUCCUAAAUUAUAAAAAAUGUACAGACAUCUCAAUAGAUUUAAAUUAUAAUCAUUAUAGUAAGAAAAAUUUAGUAGUAUUUUGUACAAAUGAUUAUCAAUAAAUGAUUAAAUAUAUUUAUUUGUUUAUUA